GAAACCUUUGUUAUAUUAUAUAAUCAUUAUUCACACACCUCUCCUCUACACUUCACAAAAACUUGAGAGAAAACACAAGCUUGUAACCAUGAACUUGUUCUCCACCAGAGAAAUGCCUUCUCCGUCGUCGUUGUUCUCUGCCUACGCCUCCAUGGCAGCGUCAAUCAUGCUCUUCCGGUCCAUGGCGAACGAGCUCAUUCCUCAACCAGUUAGGGGCUACGUUUUAUCUGCCAUCAAAUACGUCUUCAAGACUCAUUCUCCUAAACUCACCCUAGUCAUAGAGGAAUCGAGCGGAAUGUCGCGCAAUCAAGUCUACGAAGCUGCGGAGGUUUAUUUGUGCACGAAAAUCAGCUCCAACACUGAGAGGAUCAGAGUUAGCAAGAGCCCCAAGGGGAAGAACUUGACAAUCAGACUCGAGAAAGGCGAGAAGUUGGUCGAUUUCUAUGAAGGGAUUGAGCUCAAAUGGAAGUUUCUUUGUACGGAUUCCAAACAGAACAACCCUAAUGAUCCAUCUCCGAGGUCCGAAAAGCGCUACUUUGAGCUAACAUUCCACAUGAUGCACAAAGAAAAAGUAUUGGGAUGUUAUUUGCCUUAUGUUCUUGAAAGGGCCGACGCAAUGAAAGAUGAAGAAAGGGUAUUGAAGAUGUAUACAUUGAAUGCCAACUAUCCUUACAAUGGCAUCAAAUGGGAGUCCAUCAAUCUCGAACACCCUGCAACGUUCGAGACUCUGGCCAUGGACCAAGAGCUCAAAAAUGCGGUUAUCGAUGAUCUUAACAGGUUUGUGAAGAGGAAGGAGUUCUACAAGAAAGUAGGAAGGGCGUGGAAACGAGGGUAUUUGUUGUAUGGUCCUCCGGGCACUGGAAAAUCGAGCUUGGUAGCAGCAAUGGCUAAUUAUCUCAAGUUUGAUGUCUAUGACCUGCAGCUGGCUAACGUUCUUCGUGACUCGGACCUGAGAAAACUGCUGCUGGGCACCGCGAACAGGUCGAUUCUUGUGAUCGAGGACAUUGAUUGUACCGUUGAUCUGCCUGAUCGUCGACAUACAGAUGGAAAAAAGCAACACGAUGUACAGUUGACACUCUCUGGACUACUAAACUUCAUAGAUGGCUUAUGGUCUAGCUGUGGGGAUGAGAGGAUCAUAAUCUUUACCACUAACCACAAGGACAGGCUAGACCCCGCCCUUCUGCGGCCGGGGCGCAUGGACAUGCACAUUCACAUGUCCUACUGCACAUACCACGGAUUCAAACUCUUGGCCUCGAACUACUUGGACAUCCAUAACCACCAUCACCUCUACGGAGAAAUCCAAGACUUACUCAAGGAAACGGAGGUGACUCCAGCGCACGUUGCGGAAGAGCUGAUGAAGAGUGAAGAUGUUGAUACUGCACUCGAAGGGCUUGUUAAGCUUUUAAAGAGGAAGAAAUUGGAAGGCGAUGAAUGUGAGGCGGAGGCUGAGAAGAAGACUGCAGCAAAAAGGCAGAAAACUGGGAACCAACAGAAGAAAUCUGUGAGGAAUAACAGAAGAAUCGCCACAAAAAGAAGCAGCAAACGUUUGUCCGCUAGAAAUCCCAAUUUGUAUUAAACUAAUCAUCUGUUUAGAUUGAGAUUAUCUCUUUCUAGAUGUUGGGGCUUGGUAUCACUACUACUUUAAAAUAAAUGAGUACCUUCAUUGAAAUAUUAGUCGAAAAAUAUUUUCUUUA